AUGGAGAUCUGGGUAAGAGAGACCAAGGGAUGGCAGUGGGUAACAUUGUGGACCACUUUGUAUUUUCCUUAUUUCCUCUUACAUCAAAUUGUAUGUGAAUCAUUGGAUAACCCACAGGAAGGCAUGUGUUCUAGUAAUCCUAGGGUGAGAGGGAAUUCAAAUCCUUGUUAAGAAUCGUCUUUUCUACCUUGCACACCAACUGAGUAACAUUUUUGCAUCCCUUAAAAAGGCAUCUCUAGGGUCCAAGGGCAUCACCAACUCCAAACAGUGCAUACGCUUUAAUGCAGGGAUGCCUUUUAUGGUAGUACACAAAUGUUACUCAGUCAAUCUGUGAGGUAGAAGAGGAAGAAGAAUUUAUUCAGUUUCUCUUUGAUUAUUUCACUUCCCUUUACCCCUACAUUACAAAUGAACCAGUAUCACAUGGGUUAUGCAGUCAUUCAUAAACAAUUUGAUGUAGAAAGCCAGUGUCGUUAGGAGUGCCUUUGGUGUGGCACUUUUCUCUCUUUUGCCCAGUAAUCACUUUCCCUUAGAGAGACAAAGCGGGCUGUCAUUAAGAGACAGGGACUGGGCAUUUCCCGUGGCUACUUUCAAAGGAAAAUAGAAGACAAUAGAUGAUUCCCUGCCUACUUUUUGCAAUUACCUGGCAUCUUAAACGUUAGUGACAAUCAUGCAAAGUGGUAUUUCCCACUAUCAAACAAGCACUGCUACCACUGUGGUCUUUGCUGAAGUGAGGGAAAACCAGUGGUCCAUAAUACCCUUGAUGUGGUAAAAUGUUACCCCCUGCCACCCUAUCUCUCUUACUUGGUGCUUCAUGUUUGUUAUAGAGACAAAUUGACUUCCCCUGCUAUAAAACGUGCAUGGAAGAGGAAACACCCAAACACUGACAUAAGUGCUCCUACCACCUUGAUCAUAGGUGGAAGGGUAGUGGGUGUGCCCUGGAGUAAAAGUGGUCAGAAAUCAGGGUUGUACUAUCCUCGAACAUAGGGAUUAUCCCUUUAACUCUUCCACCCUUCCCUCAGACCAUGUAAUAUCUGGGUGAACAUUAGGCAGGAAACCUGUAUUUGCCAACAAGGGUGGGUGAUAAUCCCCAGAAACAUCAUCAACACCUUGAUGAGUGUUAAUAGAGAGAGAGAUUCCAAUUAGAACCCACAACAUCAAAAACAGCUGAUGGCUUUGCCUGCUCACUAGUAUACACUCAGUGGCUUUUGGGUAUUGUUAGGGCAACAACUGAACAAGAUGCAAGUUUCACCAGCAAAUUCCCUGAAUAACUUCUUGGACAACAGUUGAGUCAUUUGCCACUUCCUACAAGCCAGGGAUGAAACGAUGGGUGCUAACGGAGGUGUCGGUUGCAUCUAGAACAACACAAGCAUCUCUGUGGCAGCCUUUUCUACUUGUUGGUCCAAUCUUGAGUUGCACCAUGGUAUCCUUGACCACCUGGUUACCUCAUUUUGCCCUUCGACAGAUGCAGUUGUCUGCCAGGCGAAACCAUUCAACGAACACCUGCCCAUGAACUGUUUUCAAGGGGGCCACAUGAGUGAGUAAAAGAGGAGCAGAAUCACGGACUUUGUUGCAGCCAGAUCAAACUUUUCUCCUAUCACACCAAGGCUGAUUAGGUCUGGUAUUAUGUCUGUGGCUUCAGUCCCAACAUGCCACAGAGGAACUGUGGGAUCCAGUCAAGAAUCUCUGCAAACGCAUGGUCAACAGCCCUCACAAGAUUAAUUGGGAUCCCAAGAUGAGGUGAUUCACAGUGUUCCCGGGGACAAUAAAAUAUAUAGAGUUGAGCCUAUGACAAUCACAUUGUGUAUUCCCACGUCAUACAUACAUAAGGCCUACAUAUUCACGACGAUAUUUGUUGGGUCCACUGAAAGUUGUACUUCAAGACCCUUGGUCCUCUGGUUACCACAUUCUUCACUUUCACAGACUCUUUUGUCUGCUAAGCAAAACUACUGGAAAAACAUUUUCCAUGGGUUGUGUUCAUAAAGGCUAAAUGAAUGAGGUAAAGAGAAGGAAAAUGCUGGAGUUUGUUGCAGCUGAUUCAAAAUUUUCAUCUACCAAACUAAGGCUGAUUAAGUCUGCUGCUAUAGGAGCUGUCACAAAAUGCAUAAUAAUUUCAAACAGUGAAAGCUGCCACUAAAUUAAAGGAGGUAAACCUCACAGAGGGAAUAAAUAACAGCAGAACUCAGUACAAAUUUGAAUGCAACAUUAGAUCAAUUGAUGAACAUUAUUUUGUCACAUUAACCACUGCAUUUGCUUGAUUUGUUUUUAAGUCGUAUGGAGACUAUUGAGCUGUUACUUGCAUCUGUAGUACCACUUGUGCUGAUAAAUAUUCAUCAAGCACAUCAACAUGGUCUAUUGCAAUUAAUUCAGUUUCAGUUGGCAAUGAAUAAGUGGUUAGAGAAGCAGAUCUAAAGAUAUAAACAGUUCUCAAUGGUAAUGCCAACUGUCAAUUCACAGAAAGCCAGUUUGUAUGAAAAGAAAUUCAGGUUGACAAUAAUAGCUGCAAUAGGAUUCCCAUGAUCAUUAAUGAAAAACCUUUUGACAGACAGGAUCUUCAUCAGAAAACUACUUGGGUUAUAGAUCUUUUGCCUAAUUCCAGCUUGCCAGAAUAAAGUUUCAAAUUUGAAUGUUUCACAUCUGUUACUAUGCGAUAAGUUGUCUUUUACUGGUCAAGAAGAUUGCUACCAAUCCCUUAUAAUAUUCCUUUUGGUGAUUACAAAAAUAGUUAUUGUUCAUUGAGGUGUAGUAAAGUACCUGAUUGCCUGAGGCCUGCUGUCACAUUACUUGGUCUUAAAAAACCGUCUUUAGAGACCAAUAAGAUUAGCAGCUUUUACCCUAUUUCCAACCUUAAAUUUCCUGCCAAGGCAAUUGAGAAAGUUGUAGUUCUGUAAGAGGUCAGUGCAUUGGUUGGGGAAGUUCCUAAGUUCAUAUCAAUGAAAAAUGAUGUAUCCCUGAUUCAGGACCACAUCUGCCUCUGGGGUUACCACAUAUUAAUCACACUCUCCUCCAGGCCAUGAUGGCAGCAUUUAAAGUAGGUGCACUUGUACCAGGGUUUGGGCAUUUCUUUACACACAUUUUACAUAGGUGACAAAGUGGAGCACCAGGUGAGAAUGGUUCAAUUUGACUAAAUUUUUACAUGCGUAAUUUACAAGUGUGGCUAUUGUUUUAAGGCUUAAAACAAUGGUGACACUUGUAAAUUACACUUGCCAACGUUUUAUUACAAUAUUUCAGUAGACUUAGGCACUGUCGCCACAUCAACUUGUCCAUCUUGUAGAUGAGAAAAGGGAAACUCCUCGUUUUGUGAGGUAGAGGAAUGUGAAAUCAUCAUGGAGUAUCUUUGACCUCCCUUUGGCCUCUUGCAGUAUCUGAGUAUCAUUUGUGUAUUUGCCAUAAAGGCAUCCUGACAUCAACGCAGAAGUAGAGUGUUUUAAGUUGGUGAUGCCCUUGGACCGCCAGGAUGUCUUUGUGGAACUCAGUUACUGGGCAAGAAAAAGAAAAGGGAAGAUUUUCCAUGACGUGUCCAGGUAGUAUCCCAUGUUUCAUUUUAACAUUCAACUUGCACAGACAGUUAAAGAUACAUACACCCAAUGUGGUCUGCAAUCUCCUUUGCAGCCGCUCUUUGGUGUCCUUAACUUGGUACUUCCUUUUGUUGUGGAGGUAGAUUGACAUACUCAUCUGUAAAAUGUAAUUGGAGCACAAGUUCCAGGGUUAGGGCAUUUCGUUUUUCCAGCACAUUUGAUAGAGGAACAACAAUUUGCUGCAGCAAUGAAAGUAAAGCAGUUGGUGCAAGAGAUGACUAGGGCAAAAUGCAACAUUUCACAGGGCGAUUGGUUUUUUUCACAUCCACUUCUGAGUGAUUGGAUGAUCAUCUAAAAAUACUCUAAUUCUCGUUUAUGUGAGUUAGUUUGAGUCAUUAAAGAGAACAUAUUCUCCCUCUUGUUUUACCUCUUACAGUAUCUGAGUAGCAUUUGUGUAUUCCCCCCAAAAGACAUCCUGACAUCAAAGUAUAGCUGGAGCAUUUUGAGUUGGUGAUGCCCUUGGACCCUCAGGAUUUGUCUUUUGUGGGGUCAGUUACUGUGCGAGGUAGUGUAGAAGAGGAAGUGAGGAUUCUGUUUCGUGCUUUCAAGGAGAACCCUGUGGGUCAUUCCAACUUUCACAUGCAACUCGAUACACAGAAAGAUGAAGUAAAAGUCAGUGUAGUUUGUCACACCGCGGUGAAUUGUUGCAUCCUGGUGCCCCAUAGUGUCUUUCACCUGUACUUCUUUUUUGUCACUAAGCAGAUGGAAUGCUGCCUUUGUUAAAUGUGUUAGCACUAAUUUCAGGGUUAUGGGAUUUGUCUUUAUGUACAUUUUACAGCAGAGGAAUGUCAAUUUGACUGUGUGAUCAAAGUGAAGCACUUGAUAAGAGAGACGAAUGGAGACAAAGCACAUUGGCUUUUUCCUCAUCCAGCCCUGAAUUAUUUGAUUACCCAUGGGAUUCACCUCAUUUUUGUUAACCUAAGGGUGGUGGAAAUUGAAAUUAUCAUAGACAAGUUUCUCUAUCCCUUUACCUCAUUCAAUAACUAAUCAGCAUUUAUUCGUCCCCUAAGAGAGCAUCUUGAGUUGAAUUAUGAGUUGGUGAUGCCCUUGGACUCCAGGAUGCUCUUUGGCGGGACUUAGUUACUGUGUGAGGUCGAAGAGGAAUAGAGGAUUCUCUACAAUAAUUUCCUUUGGUCACUGCAACCUUUUUGUAUAGUUAAUGCAGUGUGUGUUUGUAUCUUGUCAGCAAUGGUCUCUUUCACCAAGUGCUUCUCAUUUUCUAUGGAGGUAGUUUGACACCUUCCCUCUGUAAAAUAUGUGUUUAUGAAUGCCCACAGCCUGGUAUGAGAGCUGCUGCUACUGUGAUUAAUGUACCUGAGGAGUUUGUGAUAAUUGCUGUGUGGGGUACUCACAAGUUACAAGUAGCCCUUAUUCUGAGUUAA